AUGACUGUAACGUUAAGAUCAAACAAGUAUUUGAGCUAUUUGGUGCCUGAUAAAGAAAAAGACGUAAAUAGUUAUUUUAAGAAUGUUGAAGCCCGAAAUUGGCAGUUAAAGCAUUAUUUGAACUACGUCUUGAAAAAUGAACGUGUAAUUCCAACCUGGGUAACUGUAUACGAGGAGUGGACAAGAUCACUCGAAAUUAUCACAGAUAAUAAGUAUAAAAAUUCUUCGACUACUAUAUGUGGAUUUUGCCACGAACUGCUAAAUAUUAGUAAUACUUUUGAAGGCUCUUCUGUCCUAAAGAGUUGUGAGCAAUGGUAUAAUAAUUUCUAUGAACGAAACUCCGACUUACAGUUUUCCGAAAGAAAUAAGCAACUGGAAGAAAGUAUAUUGCACGUAGAAAGAGAUAUUUGUUCCGCUCAGAAAAUGACAGAGCUUUUACAAAAUAACCGGAAAAGUAGAGAAAAUGCAGAUGAUACAUCAAUGCCACCCACAAAUUCUCCCAGAACUGUACAACCGUCACAAGAGGAUCAAGAGGACCAGGAGGUAGAUGACGCAGAAAUUGACAAAAUCGUUGUAAAUAAGGUAUCUGCCUUACUUUUCUCUAACCUAAAUCUCGAAGAAAUUUGGAUAAAGGCUUAUUCGCUAAAUAUUUCCAGGUCAAUUGAAUCCCGAAUUGUGGAUCUCUCAGAUUGGACUAAAGUCGAAUGGAACAGGAUCCUUAAGGCGUCAGACUAUUCGCAAUUGUUCAUUAAAUCAAGAAAAAAGCUUUCUAAAGACAAAAUUAACAAUGAUGUGCGACAAUUGCUACGUGAUGGGCCUGGUCGAAAUCAUUGUUGCUUACGAAGAGAAGUAAAUGUCCUGAUUUUGAAACAUAGAGAACGUGACUUCAUCGUUAAAGUUCUUAGUCCGAUAAUUGGCACGCUUCUAGAAGAAAUCGAUAUCGGUAUCUUUGAGCUUAACUGGAUCGAGAAAGAGUCUCGCAGUGUUACGAACCGAAAACGAAAGGCGGUGCACGAAGAAUAUAUGGACCUCACUAUUAGUAUGAAAAAAAUGGAUUUGAUAGUUACAUUACGAAGUCAUAAAAAUGAGUUACUACCACUUGAAGUGGGAAACACAGAAGGACACAUCGAUGAUACUAAAUACAGGAAAGAUCACUCAAAACUUAAAAUAGUCAUGAAAGAUUGUUUAGACACCUUGUGGAGCAAAUUGCACUUUAAAAAGGUGGAGCUUGAAAGUGUUUUCACCCUCGGAAUUCAAAUUACUGAUAUAAGUUGGACGAUCUACUCUCUUUCAUAUGAUAGUUCACAAAAUUUUUAUUUUUUUGUUGAAAUGGCGACAUUGGUACUUCCCACAACGCUCUCAGACAUAGAAGACCUUUUACCUAGUUUUUUGGGAAACCUUCUUGCAUUACGACACACGUUACUUGACCAAGUUAAAAAGAUACGAGAAAUUGCUCAAAGAAGGCUAAGCACACCAUCUCCACCAUCGUCUCCAUUACACAGUACAGCAAAUUCACCACCUUCUGUGAAGAAACAAAAAAAAGACCCUUUUAAAAUUUUAGAUGAUUUGUACUAA